AAAAGGCUAUUUAAAAUAUAAAUCCCUCUCAUUAAAUCAUAAAUUCAAUUUUAUUAAACACGUUUUAGAUUCAGUUUCACCCUUCACACCCAGACCUGCGUUUCCUCAUUCCAAAUCAGGAGAUCCCUGCUGGCAGCGUGAAGUAGGCCAAACUUCAGAUGUCUGCUCCUUCGGAUACCCAGAAACUAAAUCCACUGCCACCAGUUACCUAACGGUCAAAACAGAGCCAACCUCAGUGUCAUUUGGUCAUUUUAAUAUCGACUCCAUGGGAAGAAGAAAGACUUUGUUUAAAGAAAAACCAGAAGGACUUCAGAGGCGACACAGCAGCAGGAGAAAGUUCCUCUGAUCAGUCAAAACGUUUUGACCUUCAUACCAAACUCACCUGGUUCCUCCAUCCUCUCUGGAAAACAUGAAGGCCGAAUAAAAGCUGCUACCGUCUGAAAUACCUGAGUCUACAUGGAGGUUGGGAUGAACUUUAAGGGGCAAACAAAAAGAUUCUGACCGCUGACUGGUCCGGCCUGAAACCGACCGAACCUCCCGAUGGGCUGGCCAACCCGCCCUGUUCCUGGACCGACUUUUUAAAUGUCCAUUUAGGAUGUUUAGAAAGUUUUUAUCUGCAUCAGCUCCAUUUGUACCAUUAUUGAUCUACAGUCAUAUUAUUCCAAAUGUAUUCGUGUUAGAACGGCUUAGUCAAAGUCCAGAGCCUAAAUCUGUCUGUUAUGUUUAAACUGUAACAUCGCGUUGGGAAAAACAGAAGAUCCCCCGUUAGUGGUCAUAAUGUUAUGCCAGGUUGCCGUAAGUAGAGUCAAGUUUCCAGCAUUUCAGCUAAAAUCCCGAGGAAAUCCGUGGGAACGGAUCCAGAAUGUAGGCUGGCUGCCUGAUCCAAAAGUGACCCAGAUACGGAAGGAGGCGCGAAGCGGCGGAGAGGAGGAAGGAGGCGCGCGGAGCGGAGAGAAGAGGAGAGUUAGCAGACAAAAGGAUGAGCUGAGGCGCGUGGGAUGACACCGUGGGUUAGCAGGAGGAGAGAGGGAGCGCAGACACACGGAGGGUGACGUCAAACCCGAGCGGAGCGGAGCGGAGCUGACCAGCCGCCGCUCUCUGCGCCUCUGCACGCGGCCGCCGCGGCUCUGAAACAGCGCGGAGGAGGAACCGCGGAGGUCUGACAGGGGGAGACCGGAGGAAGAGGAGGAGGAGGAAGAUCAGCCUCGGCUCGCGCUGCACGGGGACGCGUUAUUUAUUUACUGGGUUGGAGCGUGGCGGUUCGCCUCGCGCUGCCAGACAGGUGUUACCAGCGCGCGGGAUGGAGCUUUGAUCCACGCAGGAUCCUGAAGGUGGAGGCUCGCGCGCAGCAACAAGUUUGAGGUUCUGAAUUUCCUCUGGAUCCAUAAAUCGGAUUUUGUGGAGUUCUUGUUCUGCUUUCCUUUUUUCCUCCAUGCCUGGUGAUUCUUUUGGGAAUCUUUAAAGGAAAACUGGGAAUUCCUGCACCGUGUUGAUCCCGCUCUGGUUCUGGUUCCGGUUCGGUUGGACCCGGAUCCUCCGACCCGCUUCCAAACAGAGUCUCUUUCUGUUCCACGGUCCCGGCUCUGCGUGGCGCCGCGACCCCCUGAUGGUGCCCGCGGUCCGGUCACAGUGGCUCGAGCUGCGGUCGCUGCUCGGACGCGCCACGCGGUGAUUUUCCCACGCGGGGAUCAUGAUGGCUGGUCCGGUAGAGGCAGGAUCGGUUCGAAAGGCUCUGUAAGGGAUCCGCUGUCUUGACAAUGACCUCCAGCCGCGCUUUGCCCCGCGCCGUUCCCACCCCAACCCGAAAGAAAAGCACGCGCCCUCGGUUCGAUGCGCACGAGAAGACGUCGUGUCCCCAGAACCGCUGAUCCGACUGAGAGUCCGUAGGAGCAGGAGGAGCAGGAGGAGAGGAGACACUGAGACAGACGAUCGGAGCUCGGAGGCGGUGAUGGAGCUGUCGGAGGUGCGCUGCUCCAGCGCGAGCGAGGAGCUGUACACCAUCAACAAGACGCCGAGCAGCAGCGGCAACAGCAGCGGCAGCGGCGGCGGCGGCAGCGCGCGGCCCAAGCGGCUGCUGUGGCAGAACGCGGUGCGGCACAUCACCGAGCAGCGCUUCAUCCACGAGCAGGGCGGCGGCGGCGGCGGGGGGGCGAAAGACGACCCCUUCGACCCGAUCCAGGGCGCGCGGAAGCAGUCCGCGGGCCGGACCUCGGUGGGGGACCGGCACAACAACGGCGGGACCAAAGUGUUCCCCGAGCGCGCGAGCAGCGACCUGGGCUUCCUGCAGAUCGACUGCGCGCCCAGCAACUCGGACUUCUUCCUGAACUGGGGCUACACGUACCGGGGCGUGAUUUUCCCCACGCUGCGGAACGCCUUCAAGUCGCGCGACCUGGAGCGGCUCUACCAGCGCUACUUCCUGGGCCAGCGGCGAAAGUCCGUGGUGGUGAUGAACAUCCUGGACGUGGUGACCAAGCUCACCCUGCUGGUGCUGCACCUCACCCUGGCCUCCACCCCCAUGGACCCCAUCAAGGGCACGCUGCUGGGCUUCUUCACCGGCAUAGAGGUGGUCAUUUGUGCCUUAGUGGUGGUGCGGAAGGACACCACCUCGCACAGCUACCUGCAGUACAGCGGCGUGGUCACCUGGGUGGCCAUGGCCACGCAGAUCCUGGCGGCCGGCCUGGGCUACGGGCUGCUGGGGGACGGCGUGGGCUACGUCCUGUUCACGCUGUUCGCCACCUACAGUAUGCUGCCGCUGCCGCUCACCUGGGCCAUCCUGGCCGGCCUCUUCACCUCCGGGCUGCACAUCCUGGUCCAGCUGCUCAUCUCGGAGAGCGCGCGCUUCUUCACCAACCAGGUGGCGGCGCAGGCCGUGCUCUUCAUGUGCAUGAACACCGCUGGGAUCUUCAUCAGCUACCUGUCCGACCGGGCCCAGCGCCAGGCCUUCCUCGAGACGCGGCGCUGCAUCGAAGCUCGUCUCAGACUCGAGACUGAGAACCAGAGACAGGAACGUCUGGUGUUGUCCGUGCUGCCACGUUUUGUAGUUUUGGAAAUGAUCAACGACAUGACAAAUGUAGAGGACGAACACCUGCAGCAUCAGUUCCACAGGAUUUACAUCCACCGCUACGAGAAUGUCAGCAUUCUUUUCGCAGACGUUAAAGGAUUCACGAACCUCUCCACCACGCUGUCCGCCCAGGAGCUGGUACGAAUGUUGAAUGAACUCUUUGCACGUUUCGACCGUCUGGCUCACGAGCAUCACUGUCUGCGAAUCAAGAUCCUGGGAGACUGUUACUACUGCGUGUCUGGUCUACCUGAGCCCAGACCGGACCACGCCCACUGCUGCGUGGAGAUGGGACUGAGCAUGCUCAAAACCAUCAGAUACGUCCGAUCUCGUACGAAACACGACAUCGACAUGCGGAUCGGGAUCCACUCCGGCUCGGUGCUGUGCGGCGUUCUGGGACUCAGGAAGUGGCAGUUUGACGUCUGGUCCUGGGACGUGGACAUCGCCAACAAGCUGGAGUCCGGAGGCAUCCCUGGACGAAUCCACAUCUCCAAAGCCGCUCUGGAUUGUCUGAACGGCGACUACGAGGUGGAGGAGGGUCACGGCAAGGACCGCAACGACUUCCUGCGGCGCCACAACAUCGAGACGUACCUGGUCAAGCAGCCGGAGGAGAGCCUGCUCACGCUGCCAGAGGACAUCAUGAAGGAGGCGGCGAGCUCGGCCGACCGCCGGGCCAGCAGCGCCACCUUCAACGAGGCGUCCUGGAGCCCCGAGCUGCCCUUCGACAACAUCGUGGGAAACCAAAACUACUCACAGAUGAGGGACGAGGUUUUCAAGUCCAACCUGGUCUGCGCCUUCAUCGUGCUCAUCUUCAUCACAGCUAUUCAAAGCCUGCUUCCCUCUGCCAGAAUGGUGACGAUGGUGAUCCAGUUCUCGGUCCUCAUCGUUCUCCACUCCUGCCUGGUUCUGGUCACGACGGCGGAGGACUACAAGUGUCUGCCUCUGGUUCUGAGGAAAGCUUGCUGCUGGAUCAACGAGACGUACGCAGCGCGAAACGUCAUCAUCUUCGUCUCCAUCCUCAUCAACUUCCUCGCUGCAAUGAUCAACAUUCUGUGGUGCGACUUUGACAAGUCCAACACCUUCAGGAACCAGACGUACAACGAGUCUGUCUCCAUCCCGGACAUCUGCUUCUACCCAGAGUACUUCGUGUUCACGGGCGUCCUGGCCAUGGUCACCUGCGCCGUGUUCCUGCGGCUCAACUCGGUGCUGAAGCUGGCCGUGCUGCUGCUGAUGAUCGCCAUCUACUCCCUGCUGACCGAAGCCUUCUACACCUCGCUGUUUGUGCGCUACGACACCGUGCACCACAACACAGAAAACUUCCUGGGAACCAAAGAGACGUCUCUGCUGCUGAUGGCCAUGUUCCUCCUCGCCGUGUUUUACCAUGGUCAGCAGCUGGAGUACACGGCCCGGCUGGACUUCCUGUGGCGCGUUCAGGCCAAGGAGGAGAUCAACGAGAUGAAGGAGCUGCGGGAACACAACGAGAACAUGCUGAGGAACAUCCUGCCCAGCCACGUGGCCCGCCACUUCCUGGAGAAGGACCGCGACAACGAGGAGCUGUACUCCCAGUCCUACGACUCGGUGGGCGUGAUGUUCGCCUCCAUCCCCGGCUUCGCCGACUUUUACUCCCAGACUGAGAUGAACAACCAGGGAGUCGAGUGUCUGCGGCUGCUCAACGAAAUCAUCGCCGACUUCGACGAGCUGCUCGGUGAAGACCGUUUCCAGGACAUCGAGAAGAUCAAGACCAUCGGCAGCACCUACAUGGCCGUCUCUGGUCUGUCGCCUGAAAAACAGCAAUGUGAAGAUAAAUGGGGUCACCUGUGUGCGCUGGCCGACUUCGCCAUCGCCCUGAACGAGAGCAUCCAGGAGAUCAACAAGCAUUCCUUCAACAACUUCGAGCUGCGGAUCGGAAUGGCCCACGGCUCGGUGGUGGCGGGCGUGAUCGGCGCCAAGAAACCGCAGUACGACAUCUGGGGGAAGACGGUGAACCUGGCCAGCCGGAUGGACAGCACCGGCGUGAGCGGCAAGAUCCAGGUUCCCGAGGAAACCUUCCUCAUCCUGAAGGAGCGAGGCUUCGCCUUCGAGUACCGCGGCGAGAUCUACGUUAAGGGCAUCAGCGAGCAGGAGGGCAAAAUCCGAACUCACUUCCUGCUGGGCCGGGUGCAGCCCAACCCGCUCAUCCUGCAGCCGCGCAAAAUCACGGGCCAGUACUCUCUGGCGGCCGUGGUGCUGGGCCUGGUGCAGUCGCUCAACCGGCAGAAGCAGAAGCAGAUUCUCAACGAGAACAACAACUCGGGCAUCAUGAAAGGCCACCACCACUACAAUCGCAGGACGUUGUUGGCGCCCGGUGGGGCCGAGGUGGGCGGCGGCCAUCACGCCGAAGCUCCGGAUAAGACGGAUCUGUCCUGAGGCGCCCGCAGAGUUUUGGCUCCACGCUGAUUCCGUACAGGCAGAACUUCUCCGAAGGCACAGAUCCCGUCUGUGGUGGAGUUAAACCUUGGUGGGUGAAGCGUCCGAUCAUCGGUCUUCAACUCGGACCGAUGUUUGGAAACAGUAAAGCGCUAAUUGUACGUUAAACUUUGGCUGAUUUAGGGCUUUUCAGAGUCAUGAGGAGAAAAGAAAGUUUCCAUCAGAGUCGAAUGAACAUGAUCAGGUAAUCUGAUCAUUUCCUUUCAUUUAAUGAUCACCAUGAGCAGAAAUGCAUCUAGAAAACAGCAACUCUGGCAGUUUGUUGAUUCUGUGAGUUGAUGUUAUGCCGGGUUGUUGAUGCCCGUCAGUCUGGGAAGAGUUAUGAUGUCUGAACUCUGAGUCUAUUGUUCUUCAGAGGCAGAACAGUUCGAGGGAAAAGCAGCAACUGGUCAAUUCCUGGUUCACACAUCCAGAUUUUAACAUUUUCAAAACCUGACAGACAAAACAUGACAGUAAAAUAUCUACUGUAUUACAGGUUUGGUCGUACAGUUCAUCCAGCAACAGACAACAUUCAGAUGGGGAAUUUCUGAAAACCUCUCCGUAUCAAACAUGGCCGACUAGGAAGAAGCAACGGCGACAGAUUAUGGAUUAUAUUUAGCAGAGAAUAAAACCUCUCUGACGUCCGCCGGACCUUCUGGUGCAUCAUGGCGGAUAUUUUGUCUUCGGCGUUUCCGUCGCCUCGCCCUCUGAUUGGCUGGCCGCCACAUUCAGCAGGCUGUGAACUCGUUUGACCUCUGGGAACGCCACGCGCUGCGAUAUCGGGCCCUGACGAUCCAACAUGUUGAAUAUCAACGAUUUUAGUUCAGAGCGGACCGGAUCAGUCUAAACACACGGCAGGAUUAUCGCUUCAUUAUGAUAAACAUUCGGUGAACUAAGUAUGAGUAAGGUUUAAAAAUAUUUAGUCUUUUGUCCUAAAGUGGCAAUAUUUGGUAAAACAUCAUCAUUUCACCACAAACGCCUCAUACCAACCGUCCAGCAGGUGGAGCUGGUGGAGGACUGCUGGUGGCCUGGUCAGCCAUUAAAUGAACUUUGACCUCCUCUACGUACCAAUGUAACAGGAGAAUUAAAGGUCAGAUCGGUUUGACCCAAACUGGGUCAUCAGCAGGGAAAUGAGCCGACUGUUCACAGCAAGAUCACUAAAAAAGAAACUUAUCAAUCUGCCGUGAUGGCCUAGUCAAAGUCCAGGACCUCACAAAACAAAUGUGUGCAUGAGCUGCAGCUGCUGCAGUCAGACAGUUAAAGUCCUCUGAAGGUUGUUGCUGCUGAAGUCGGUUCUGUAACUUGUUCUUUUUUACAACAAACUGUUGGAGAUUUUCUUUCUCCUCACGACUUUAUUUCAUGUUUUCAGUUGAAAAUGAAUGUAAAUCAUGUUUAGUUUUAUUAAAGUAUUUCUGAUGCAAACGGCGGUUUGAACAUCCAGGAGAAGAGACUUUUAUUUUGAAGUUUUUAUCAUGAAUGUCUAAAACUGAACGUUCCUCCGCCGUGUUCACGUUCUCUACAAGCUCCGCCCACUUCGGUUUAAUCCAGCCAAUGAGGUUUGAUCUUCGUCCUGAGCAGCUCUGCUUUCUGUGAAUGUUUGUAGAACUGAAACUCAACGGAUGUGUUACUGGGAGGACUGGGAGGACUGGACGUGGCGCCGCGCCUCCGUCCUCCAGGCUGAUUAUCCGGGACUCUCCCCAACGUUCCUGCUGUCCUUCCCAUUUUUAUCUCACCUGCGUCGGACCCGUUCACACCUGACCCCUACCCUUUGACCUUUGCCCGGUGUGUCGAUGUUUCUUUUUUGUAUUUCUUUUAUAUAAGGAACACAAUAAAAAGGGGUCUAAUUUUUUAUAGAA